GAGAAAAAAGAAGAAGGGGCGGGGGAGGAGGAAAAGAAAAUCUCCAGGAAGGUGGAAUUUCCUUAUUCGAGUUGAAAAUACGGAAGUGGAAGAAACGCUGAGAUUAGAGAGGAAAAAGAAGGAUGACGUGGUCGUCGCGGAUUGUUUGAUCGUCAGAUCGUGCUUAAGACGGAAGCCCGCGAGCGACGCUUCCUCCUUGUCAGGAGCCGUGACCUUGGGAGCAAAAUGGUCACGAGACCGCUCCUGAUACUCUCGUUGCUCCUCCUCGGUGCCUUCGACGCGCCUGGCAUCGAGAGAGCUCGCGUCAGAUAUUUCGCAAUGGCCGGUACUGCCUGCAACGCUUGUAGGAUGCACGAAGAGAUCAGGGCUCUCAGUCUCGAAGCUAUCAAAGAGCAGAUACUUAAUAAGCUCGGAUUGAAGCAGGCGCCUAAUAUGACUGGUAGAGCCUUCCCAAGAAUCCCGCCUAUUUCAAAACUUAUGGACAUGUACGGAAUGCAGGCCGAUCAACCUCAAUCAGUAGAACCCGGUAUCACUUAUCACGAAGAAAUUGACGAGUACGCCGCUAAGACCGAGAGCAUCUUUGCCUUGGCACAACCACAUCAAAGGCUAAGGCAUUCAAAAGGUCUAGACGUGUUAUACUUCAAGUUCUCCGACAAGGUGAUUCAACAUCGAGUGACGAGAGCAGAAUUAUCUCUUUGGGUUUGGGGUACCAAUCAAGAUAGUGACGAGCCGAGCGAUUCGGUUAAACUGGAUAAUGUAGAAACUCAUAACGAAUGUCCUAUGACAAUCACACUUCAAAGGAUUCUUCGUGGUAACACAGAGUCAGGUGGUCCAGUAUUGGGACCACCGUUUACAACAUUACAUUCUCGACCGAUUGGUCGCAGAGGUGCUUGGGUGACGAUUGAAUUAAGAAGAAUGGUGGCUGAAUGGUUCAAGCAUCCGAGAGAUAACUUCGGUCUCGCUUUAAAGAUCACGGGUCCUAGUGGAAAUCACCGUAGGAGUUCAAGACUCGUCGAGACGAAUCCUGGUGCUGAGUUUGCCCCCUAUCUCGAAGUGCAGACACAAGAAUUAGACACGAGAAGAGGUGGUAGGAUUAAGAGAAAUGUAGGUCUUAAUUGUGACGAGGCCAGCCAAGAAACGAGGUGCUGUCGGUACAAGCUCACAGUGGAUUUUGAAAAGUUUGGCUGGGAUUGGAUAAUCGCGCCAAAGAAAUACGACGCGAAUUACUGUUCGGGUGAUUGUCCAAUGGCAUUUCUACCAGCUUAUCCGAACACUCAUAUAGUUAGCUUGGCGGAACCACCAAAUAACACGGGACCAUGUUGUGCUCCGAGGAAGCUUUCGGAGAUCACGAUGUUGUACUUUGACAACGAAUAUCAGAUUGUUUUCUCGCGAUUACCAGGCAUGGUCGUUGAAAGAUGCGGAUGCUCAUAGUCCAAUUACUAGAGGACAUAGAUAUGCGUCGUCGGUUCGUCUUUGGUGAAUCCUCGAUGAAAAUAAUAAACACAGAAAAAAUAAAAAUAAAAAAAUCGUUCAUCUGAUAGACUGAAAGUGCCUUGUUCGGAAUUGUUAGGUGCCGCGUGCUUGAACGUUUGAACGAAUAAAAUGGCGACCAAGAGAGAGAGGAAUGGGAAAAAUAACGAUAAAAGGAAUGUAAGAACUUGAGAAUAGAAUUAAAAGAUGAUGUUGGAAAAAGAGAAAAGUUCGAGCAGGCACUUCGAUGGUGAUUCACGGCAAGGCGAAUAGUUCCUAGAGUCACGGUAUUAUUUUUAAGGCGUCAAUGCGUUUGCUCCUGAUUCAAGAGAACGACUCUUUAUAAAGCGUUUUGGUUUUUUUCCCCCUCACGUAUGUCCUAUAUAAUCCAUCUAUCACACAUUUUUAGUUGGAUUUCUCCUUUCCUUCGUUUCGGACGUAAAGAUGUUAACGAUGAAGUUCGAACACAUACAGAUCCCGUCCUUUUUUUUUCAAUUAUUCAAAUUUCUUUCUUUCUCUCUCUCUCUCUUGUCAAUUGUGCUGUUAGCAAUUAGCAAUACUAUAAUGUUCGUUACUGUAACGAAAAUCAUAAGAUCGUUUGUUUUAAAUUUAUGAUAAUAGUUAUUGUUGAUUGAUGAAGACGUACUGACCAGAAAAGAUCUCGGUGUACAGUGAAAUAACUUUGAUCUUUUAUUAAUCUUCGAUCUUUUAUUAAUCUUUUUCCUAUCCGUUCGUAUUUGUUUUCCUUUUCUUUCCUUUUAUUUUAUUUUUUUUUUCUAUUUUUAAAUCGAUAGUACGAAUGAUUGUGAGAUAAUGCGUAUGAAUCGUGAAUGUGUACAUAAAGUAAUCCAAGCAAGUGUGGCAUAACUUUUAUCAAAUUUCUCGAUUCAAAUCGAGGAAUUCUUGUAGAAGCGAAUUAAUUAACGAAACUCCGUCAUUUUUCUAACUUGAAUAUCUAAUAGAGUAAGUUGUAGAUAAAAAGUGUAACUGACCCAGGCAUUCGUCUCUUAUUAAACUGUACCGUACAAUAACGAAGGCUUCCUUCCUACGCCAUUUUAUCAUAAUUCGCGAAUACGAUUUAACGAAAAAUAAUCGUUAAAAUUUUUGAUACACAUGAAUUUCAUUCUACCUUUCCUUGUUCCUUUCUCUCUCCCUUUCUCUUUCUUCUCCUCGUUCCUCUUUUUUUACUCUCUACAGCUUUGAAUUUUCCAAGUUAUGUGCACCGUAGUGAACUUUUGUAUAAUAGAAUAGGUAAUUACUCUUGUGCACCGCCUCAAAAUUUACAACGAAUUAUGCGAUAAAAGUGUAUAAAAAUAUAUUAGAUGUACAAAUGAAUGAAUCCAUAUAUUUUAUCAAUAAUUAAAAAAUUUGAUAUUAUCUUUAUUACUUUCUUUUUUACGAAUUCGAGUCACUUUUCUACAAAAAUCUUCUUACACAUAGCCAUAUCUUUUAUCGCCUCUCUGGAGUCAAUAGCACACCAUGUGUACUAAUUUUAUCCAUGGUUGCGUGACUUUAGUGAUCCUACGGAAACUAGAAAAUUAAUGUUUAGGUUAAUUGAUUUUUUCAUUCUUUAUUAUGUUUUAUCUUUAUCUUUAAUACGUUUUAUUGACAUAUUGUUGUUACAAAUAACAAUUGAUUUAAAGCAACUGAAUAUAAUCUUAAAUUAUAUUGAAUUAAGUAGAGUAGAACAUGGCGACUGAUACAAUACACACUUUAUAACAUGUGUCUUUCUCUACUUAAUAUGCGACAUAGACAUUUUUUUGUUUAUAAAAUAAAAUUUAUAAAAAAAUAUAUUUUUUAUAGAAGUUUUUCUUGUGAGAAACAAGCAAACUAAAAAUGGAUAUUGAAUUCAUUCAUUCAAUUCAAUCCAUUCGAAAAAAUGAAAGUCCAAAAAAUUCUACAAAAAUUCUACUGUACAAUUGGUGGAAUAUCAAAAUGUUUAUUUAGUAUUAACUGUUAAAAAUGAAUAUGGAUUACUGUAAAUGAUCAAUAAGUGUCAAGACUUAAAAAAAAAAAUGUUCAUAUACUAGCAAUGAAAAGCGUCAUAUAAAAUAAUUGCAUAACAACAUCUGGUCACACGCUACCUGUUCUUGCCACAAAAGAUAUAAUGAAUCUUACAUUAACUAGUAUAUCCUGAAGCAUACAGAAUAUUCACUAGUUAUUUUUUUCUUGAAUUACUACUUGUUCCAAUCGAUUCAACACGUUUUAUCCGAUAUGUAUUUUUAAUUUAUUGACGAGAUUCAAAAAUGGCUUUGAUUUCAUCAUAUCAAAAGAUAUCGUAUUUUUUCGAGACGGAAUUUAUCACCUGCUUCAAAGAUGGCAAAGAUAACUUUAAAGUUAUGUAGAAAGGCGACAGCGAAUACCUUGAGAGCAAAAAACUUGCUUUACUUGAUUUUAAAAUAAACCUGAAGUUUUGCUAAAAAAAAAAAAAAGAAAUUGGAUUAUUCAUUUGUACACCUAAUAUUUCAAUACUGUUUUUUAUCAAGGCUAUUCCCUUCUCCUCAAUAUCAUUUAGUAUUAAGGUCUUCCCCCUCUUUGUUCUUUGUAUUUUUUUUCUCUUUUAUCUUUGUCUCAUUUUCGCUCUUCGUUUGUUUGUCAAUGUACCUAUUAUCAAAAAUAAUGGAAUUGUGUACUCUUCAAUAUCCGAAUGAGAACGACAAAGACAACAAAAUGCAUAAUUAUAUGUAUAAUGUGUACUUCUUAGG